ACAAAGUUAGUUUGGAUGGACUCACGGAAAGAUUAUACAUGCCACAUCAAUACUUGUGCAAUCGAGAGGAGAAGUCACGAAAACUCUUACGCUAAUCUAACGGAGCUAUAGUGUGGUCUUUUCAUGUGUCAGCAGUCUGCCUUUUAUCCAAGCAAUUAAAGAAAAACUGCUCUUGGGGGGUUAAAUCCACCACACCCUUUCCUAACUUGGCCACAGAGACUGAAUGAUCACACUCACCAACCACAUAUACCAGCGGGUGGUUUAAGAGAAACCUCAGAGUAAACUUCAAUAAUGGAACCCAGUGAAGACUAUGAGAACUACACUUACGACUACUAUGUUGAGUAUGGCGACAUGGACGAUGUGAAAACUGGCCACCGGCAGAAAGAGACCAUGCACAUUAUCUCUGUGAUAAUCUACAUAAUUUCAUUUGUGCUGGGCCUGAUUGGAAAUGGAACUGUCAUCUGGGUGACAUCCUGCAAAAGCAAGAAAACUGUCAACAGUAUAUGGCUGCUUAAUCUAGCCCUCGCUGACUUUGUGUUUGUACUUUUUCUACCUCUGUACAUUGACUACAUCCUUAGGGGGUUCAACUGGAACUUUGGAGUGGUCAUGUGUAAAUUCAAAUCAUUUGUGAUAGUUAUGAACAUGUAUGCCAGUGUGCUUUUUCUAACCCUCCUGAGUAUAGAUAGAUAUAUUUCUCUUGUACACCUGAAUUGGUCUUACAAGCAUCGCACUGUGCGGAGAGCUUGGCUUGUAUGUGGAUGUGUUUGGGUUGUGUCGGCCGCCCUCAGUUCUCCAGCAUGGAUUUUUCGGGACACUAUACGCGUACAUGACAAAGUGGUGUGCUUUAAUAACUUUCAUGCACACGACAGUCACUUGGCAGCUGUUAGGCACAUAGUAAUAGUUGCCAUACGAACAACAGUAGGCUUCCUCUUACCGUUCACAGCAAUCUGCAUAACAGCCAUACUACUCCUAGUUAAAGUGCACCAUUCUGAACACUCAGUGCGAAUAUCAAGCUUCACCAAAACAGUAUCUGCAAUUAUAUUAGCUUUCUUUCUUUGCUGGGCACCAUUCCAUAUUUUUAGUUUAAUGGAAUUAUCAAUACAUUCAUCAGUAUACCUUCACAAUGUUCUAAUGACUGGCUUUCCUCUUGCAACAAGCUUAGGAUUUUUUAACAGCUGCAUCAACCCUGUUCUAUACGUGCUUUUAGGAAAAAAGAUUCGCCGUAUUCUGAAACCUGCGUGCCUCAAUAUAAUCAAGAGUCCGCUGCAAGAGUUGAGCCAAUCUAUUUCUGCUACAGAGAUGGAGUCAAUGCCUGAGGCCUUUCAGGAGAGUCUCCCAAAGGAGCCUAUAGCUUCUUCUACUCUCUGACUGGUCAAGAGUGGAUGGAUAAUUGAUCAUUUAUCUAUAUAAAAAUGUCACCGUCCA